CGCCCUCCAGCCCGACUCCGGGCCGCUGCCCUGGCUCCUGCUGUCGCUGCUGCUGCUGCUGCUGCGCGCUAGCCCCGCGCGCGCCGACAGUAAGAUAUUCGGCGAUGUGGACCAGGUGCGGAUGACCUCGGAGGGCUCUGACUGCCGCUGCAAGUGCAUCAUGCGGCCGCUGAGCAAGGACGCAUGCAGCCGGGUGCGCAGCGGGCGCGCGCGGGUGGAGGACUUCUACACCGUGGAGACUGUGAGCUCCGGGACAGACUGCCGCUGCUCCUGCACCGCACCGCCCUCCUCGCUCAACCCCUGCGAGAACGAGUGGAAGAUGGAAAAACUCAAGAAGCAGGCACCCGAGCUCCUCAAGCUGCAGUCCAUGGUGGACCUGCUGGAGGGCACGUUGUACAGCUUGGACCUGAUGAAAGUGCACGCCUACGUCCGCAAGGUGGCCUCCCAGAUGGACACCUUGGAAGAGAGCAUCAAGGCCAACCUGAGCCGGGAGAACGAGGUGGUGAAGGAGAGCAUGCAGCACAUCAGUGAGCAGCUGCAACGCUACGAGAACCACUCGGCCAUCAUGACGAGCAUCAAGAAGGAACUCUCCAGCCUGAACCUCCAGCUGCUGCAGAAGGACGGGGCCCCAGUCCCCAUCGCUGUCCCCGCUGCUGGCCCAGGCAGCAAAGCUCAGGACACGGCUGGAGGGAGAAGCAAAGAUGCCGACAAGUACAGCAAUGUGCAGAAGAGCUUCGUGGACAGGGGCCGCCCAAGACCUCCUAAGGAGAAACUGCUGAAGGCAGAGAAGCUCAGGAGGGAGGACAGCAAGGGCAGACCUGCCCAGCCCACCGCCAGGCCCCGGGCCCUGGCCCAGCAGCAGGCUGUGAUCCGAGGCAUCACCUACUACAAGGCAGGCAAGAAGGAAGCCGCCCAGGCCGCGUCCGACAACGCCCUCAAGGGCACUUCCCGGCUGGAGCCGCCCCCCAGGACGGAAGGCAGACCACCAGAACCCAACUCUGCUGAGGGUGAUGAGACUGGGCCGGGGGCUUCAGAGAGGGCGGACGUGGCCCGGGACUCCCCCACCUCGCAGCCCACCCCCACCGCCACGCCCUCCACUCGUCCCCUGCCCACCGAGCCGCCUUCCCACCCCGAUGUCCCCAGCCAAGGCAGAGAAGCCAGCUGUGAGGGCACCCUGCGGGCCGUGGACCCCCCGGUGAGGCACCACAGCUAUGGGCGCCACGAGGGAGCCUGGAUGAAGGACCCCACUGCCCAGGACGACAGGAUCUACGUCACCAACUACUAUUACGGAAACAGCCUGGUGGAGUUCCGAAACCUGGAGAACUUCAAGCAAGGCCGCUGGAGCAACAUGUACAAGCUGCCCUACAACUGGAUCGGCACAGGCCACGUGGUCUACCGCGGCGCCUUCUACUACAACCGCGCCUUCACCAAGAACAUCAUCAAGUACGACCUGCACCAGCGCUUCGUGGCCGCCUGGGCGCUGCUGCCCGAUGUGGUGUACGAGGACACCACACCCUGGAAGUGGCGCGGCCACUCGGACAUCGACUUCGCCGUGGACGAGAGCGGCCUGUGGGUCAUCUACCCUGCCGUGGAUGACCGCGACGACGCGCAGGCCGAGGUGAUCGUGCUGAGCCGCCUGGACCCCGGCGACCUCUCGGUGCAGCGGGAGGCCACGUGGAAGACGCGGCUGCGGCGCAACUCCUACGGGAACUGCUUCCUGGUGUGCGGCAUCCUGUACGCCGUGGACACCUACAACCAGCACGAGGGCCAGGUGGCCUACGCCUUCGACACGCACACGGGCACGGACGCCCGCCCGCAGCUGCCCUUCGUCAACGAGCACGCCUACACCACCCAGGUGGACUACAAUCCCAAGGAGCGCGUGCUGUACGCCUGGGACAACGGCCACCAGCUCACCUACGCCCUGCACUUCGUGGUCUGAGCCCCGCGUGCUCCCAGUGGGCACAGGGCUCCCCGCUGUGGAUAUUUAUUCGAGGCCAGGCCUGGGCCUCCUGCUAGGCCAGUGGCCUGGCCAGGGUAGAGCUCCCUAGCAGCGAGUGGAAUAGUAAUCCCGUCCACUGCACAGCAUGUGCCAAGCACCUGCAGCAGCCGCCUCCUCCUCCCCAGGCCUCCUGGGAGGGGAGAGCCGUCAGCCUGUUUAAUGGAGGAGGGCACUGAGGCUCAGACGCAACUGUCCCCGCCUAAAGGGCCCCCGUUUGGCCGAGGCAGGCUGUGUUCGCCCCACAGCCCCACUGUACAGCUGGGGGGAAUGCACCAUGCUCUCCCCUACCUUCAGGCCUCCCCUCCUCGCCCCCAUCCCCACCCCGGGCCUCCCCUGGGCCUUGGGACCCAUCCGUUAAGUUUGAAGCCUGUGCGUCACCCCAGCCCUGGACUUUGGGCCCCUUGGCUAGUGGCUCUGCUCUUUGCCUUUGGCCAGUCUCCCAUCCUCACCCCACCCGCUGUCCAACUGCAUUCCAAACAUCCGUGGUCACCCAGCCACUGAGCAGAAACCACACCCUAAGAAAAUACACCGGCCCCCGCUCCAAGGUUUCCCUCCCUCUGUACUCAUUUUCUUACUCUUCACCAGUGCCGUCAUUUGUUUCUGCAGCAGCUGAGAAGGCUGCAGGCAGCAGCCUGCUGGGGUAGGGGCUGGGCCAGGCCCCAGGCGCCCCCUCCACCAGAGCGCUGGCUCCAGCCCUAGCCAGGCUUCAGGGCCAUCCUUCCCAGAGCCUCGGACUUGGGAUCCACCUUGUCCUUUCUCUCUGGUCUUUGGACCCACGGCCCACAGCCUUUAUGUACUCAGGGAAAGAUCCAAGACUAUGCGCAAGACCCAAAGCCAGGCUGGUACCAGGACAAAGCAGGCUUCCUUUGUCCGAGCUGGCCUGGUCAUUUAUGGGUGGCCUAGCAGUCUGGGGGCAGGGGACAGCGGAGAAAUGUGAGCAGGCAGGUCCACCGGAAGCCUUCAGCCUGUGGCUGCAGGGAAAAGCCAAGGGUGGAAGCUAGGAGGGAAGAAAGGGGGCUAUGUGGACCAGGGCUCCCCAGUUUUGGAGAUGUUGGGGCCAGCAUUGCCCCCAACCAGAACUGGGGCUGAGAAUGCACAAACGCCCGGCCUGGAACUCUGCUGGCUUCCAGGAGCCUCAGACCCAGGCGCCCGGGAAACAAGAGCCUUCGGGCUGCCCUGAUCUGCUUAGGACAAUACUCUGAGCCAAGUAGUGUUUCAAGGGGAGACGUUCUCCAGUCCCGUUCCCUGUUUCACCAGAGGAGAAAUGCAAAGGUUUGGACGGCGGCUUGGGGUCAACUAGCAACAGGACAUAGGCCCUUUCUUUCCAGAAGGGCCCUGUCUAUAUUCUUUAUUCUCCUGGCUUCGAGGCGGCUCUGCCUGGAAAGGCACUAAGCCCCCAGCACCGAGCCAGCUCAACAUCUUGGAGGGUGUCGACUUCUGAGCCCCACACUACUCCCGGCCACACUCCACCCCGCCAGCUCCUGGGUAGCUGUACAUUUGAACGCAUGGUGCCAGGCCAGGAAGCGCAGCUGAAGGAAAUGCACUUUGUGCAGGCUGUGUUCUUUGCAGGCUCAGUCAGGUGACAUUUGGUUUAAGCUGUAACUCACCCCUGAAAUAAAGGGGAAUGAGGAUGCCGGCCAACCAGGGCCUGACUCACAGCGGUGGCCAUCCAGCUCCCCCACCCAUGGGCUCUGCGGACACUCCUCAGGGGCUGCACGGCCCGGCCUUUCCCUGGGCCCUGGGUGUGGGGUUUACAAGGCUGUGCCUUUCGUGAUAUCACAACCCAACCAUGCGACACGAGUAGAGGCCCCACUUUCUUCAUGAUUUUGAAAAGGGAAAAGUAAGAGUCUAUUUUGAAAAACUAAACAAGCACAAUUGUUAUCUGAGGAGGAUGCUGGCUGCAGCCCUCAGACUUCCCCAGGCCCUUCUGUCUUUAAUACAAGGGUUAUGGAGCGGGGUGGUGGUUUCUCAUUGUACAGAUGGUAGAAGUGAGGCCCAGGGAACAGUCAUUUUCAUGUAGACAGUUGGGUGGAAAGCCAUGCUGUAAAGCCAGGAGACACGACUCCCAACCCCUGUGUGGGUCACCUGACUGCUCCCCUUGCAUCUUCACAGUGGGAAGUAGAGAAGCUACCUGUGCCCAUUUCACAGGUGAGGACGCUGAGGUGGAGGGACUUACCCAAGGGGACUCGGCACUUUCAUCUCUGGCCAGGUCAGAAUUCCAGGAUCCAUCAGUUCUGUUCUCCGCUUGCAGGCCGCCCUAGGGGCAGUCCCAGAAACGGUGGCCAUGUGGUCAGCCCACGGGGUGCAUCCACACAGGAUACUCAAGAAGGAGGUCGGAAUUAGCUGGUUAAAGAGCCUUGAAUGCCAAGCCAAGGAGUGAUAACCUCCAGUCACAUUCAGAAUGAAGCUGAAUGUACCUUAACAGAGAAAGGAAAAUUCUCAAUCAAGUUUUGUUCUGCCAGGGGUAGGAGGCUGGAGGGGCUUGUUGGGGGGGGGGGG